AUGGUGGCCGCCUUAUCUCCGUCGCCAGCGCCGGCUCCCCACGCCGCCGCCGCCGCCGCCGCCGCCGCCGCCGGCCGCCCCCACCCCACCUACACCAAGAUGAUUACGCACGCGGUGACGGAGCUGGGCCGCGGCACCGCGGCCACCCGCGCCUCCAUCGCGGAAUACAUCCUCGACUGCUACUCCGGGCUCCCCGUCAGCCACGACGCGCUGCUCUCGGCGCACCUCCGCCGCCUCGUCUCAGAGGGCGUCCUCCGCACCAACGGGGAAGACGCUACCUCCUACGCCUUCAACCCGCCGGCGCCCGCGGAAGAGAAGCUCCGGGGGCCUGGCCGCCGUCGCAAGGACAGUGGUGGGGCUGCUCAUGUUCCCACUGUGCUGGUAGAGAAGCGGGGCCGUGGACGCCCGCGGAAGAGCCCGCUGCAAGGUUCCUUGGACAAGGCCACGCAGUCUGCUCAGAUUUCAGUGCUUCCUGCCAAGAGGAAGCGUGCACAGUCUCCGACUACCACCAGAGAGGAUACACCAUUGCAAUCUCCUCGGGCUGUGCUGCCUGGCGAUGAUGAUUAUGUGGCUAACCUUGCGCCAGCACAGGAAGCUGCAUCAUCCGUCCAAGUCAGAGCUGAGGCUGCUAAGCCCCUACGAGCUGACGAAGCUAGGGAUUUUCAGAAUGGAGGUGACGCUACACCUGUGCAGUCUGGGUCGACGCACAAGAGAGGGCGCGGGAGGCCGAGGAAAGAGAAGCCACCAGCAGCUCCAGCAAUGUCUCCUGAAUCAGGCAAUGCUGGGUCAACGGGUGUCAAAAGGGGGCGUGGGAGGCCGAGAAAAGAGAAGCCGUCAGAACCAGCAGUAGUGUCUCCUAUGGCUGGAUCUGUCGCUGCGGCAUCGAGGGGGUUCAAGAGGGGGUGUGGGAGGCCAAGCAUGGUGAGAGCAUUGGCAGCCAAGCCUGCAGCAGCAAUGUCUGCUGAACCUAGCAGGGAGAAACUAGCAGCGGCAGCAAUGCAUGCUGAGACCAGAGGAGACGGCACGGCGUCAGCAGGAACCGAGGCGGGGGGUUGGCUGUUGAAAUCUGAGAAACUAGUAGCAGCAGUAACAGCAGUGUGUGUGAACAGAGGGCAUGGGAGUCUGAGAAAGGAGAAGCCACCAGCAGCAGUGGCAGGAGUGAAGAGAAGCUGUGGGAGGCCGAGGAAAGACCAGUGCAUAACUGGGCUUGUGGAAGCUGCUGCUGUUGAGGAGUUGUUUGGAGGCAUGAUGACAGAAGCAAGCACUAGAGGUGGCAGGCCAAGAAAGAAUAAGCCACCACCAGCAGCUAUGCCUGCUGAAAAGGGAGAUGCUGCGUCCGCGGGAACCGAGGCAGGGCGUGAGCAGUCAAGAAUGGAGAAGCCAUCAGCAGCAAUAUCUCGAGAAACCGGAGAUGGCGCAUCGACGGGAAUCAAGAGACCCCGUGGCAGGCCAAGAAAGAAUAAGCCAGCUGCAGAUAUGCCUGCUGCAAACGGAGAUGCUGCAUCUGCGGGAAUUGAGGCAGGCGGUGGGACUCCAAAAAUGGAUAGGAAUGAAACUAUGGCUGCAGCUAUGUCCGCAGAAAUCGGAGAUGCUGCGUCCGCGGGGAUCGAGGCGUCGGGUGGGACUCCAAGAAUAGAGUCAUCCGCAGCAAGGUCCCCUGAAACUGGAGACGAUGCAUCAACGUGGGUCAAGAGACCGCGUGGCAGGCCAAGAAAGUAUCCAGCGGCACCAAUGUCUGUUGAAACUGGAGGUGUCGUGUCAAUAGGGGUGAAGAGAGGGCAUGGGUGUCCAAGAAAGAAGAAGCAAGCCCCGCCAGUAGAAGGGAAGAGAAGCCGCGGGAGGCCACGUGGAAGAGGCGAGAAGACGCAGUGAGGCAUUCUUUAGGAGAGGCAUGGCAGAAGUUAGUACCAAACAGGCGCAAGUUUUCGAAUAAGCGGGGAAGACACAGAAUGAAGGCAGAGGGAUGUGUGCGCCAGCUUUUGGAGAGAGUGCCCCAAGUUCUCCUGCCGGCGCAAUUGGCUCUGUCGUGGGGUCUGUAAAUCUGUAGCCCAGUGGUGGCAGCAGCACACGCGUGAUGAGGACCUGGAAGGCGUGGUUUUGGUGACGGGAUGCUUUGGAAGUUCUUAUAGAUUGUUGGCUUGGGGAUGAUAACGUUUUUUUCCUUAUUUUAGAGCAACAUGAUUAAUGUAAUAGU